AUGGCUUAUGCAAAAGGAAUAACAUUGCAUUCAUUAUCAGAAAAUAAUUUAAGUUUAGAAAAUAUUACAGAAAAUACUUUACGAGAAAGACAAAAAAAAAAAUUUCUACAAAAGUACGAGAGUAACAGAGAAGAUAUUCUGAGAAAAAUAAAAAAUAGUUUAAGAGAAAAGGAACCAAUUAUACCAACUAGAGAUAAACUUCAUCAAGUGUUGGCGCAAGAUAAACCUGGAGUCAUUUCCGCGCAUACAAAUGAUAAUUCAUUUUAUGAACAAGUUAAUGCGUUAUUCGAAACAUACAGGUAA